AUCAGUUUCUUUUUCAUUUUUGAGAAGAUAUCAAUUACGAAUAUACUUAUGAACAAAGCAACUACUAAUACUAUGGCAGUACUACUAGUCAUAAGCAGACAAUGGCGCAGGAUUUUGAUAUGGGUCUAGCUAUGCAAGACUAUGUAGUCUGAUCACAAGAUUAUUUAAUAUUUUUCCAAGUUUGUUUUUCUAAAUCAAGCCGUUUAUAUUUGAAAGCUCUUAAUCAUUUCUAAGGCUCUCAGCUUCCAGUCAUUUGUACUCUUUUUCUUUUACUAUGUGAUGAUGAUGAUGAAUUGUUGAUCUUGAAUUCAUUGAAUUGGGACACGCCCUAACACACUAGCUCAGCAUAAUCGUCCAAUCUCACAGUUCUUUCUGAUUUCUCGCCAGGUUGCUCCUAGCCUCUUUAGUCUCCUUUCGAUCAUCUACUUCGUUGCGAUGGAGGAGGCUCCCUCUCUCGUUUCUUCUAGAGCUAAGGAAGUUAUCCCGCUACUGGCCAGCUGCCGCGAUGCUAUGACCCCGACGGAUAUGGACACCAUCAAAUUGGUGGUUAAACUAGGUGCCGGAAUAUCACAAGAAAACCUCGACAAGGCAGCAGAUCUACAUGACAUAUACAAUCUUUUGGAGAGAAAGACCGGUUGCAGCAGUGCUGCACUGAAUAUUGUUGUUCAGAUGCUCGAGCGUUUGGAUGUGGAUCAGCAAAUAGUUGAGGCCCUAAAGGAACACGUUAACCAGGAUGAGAUCAUUGACCAGAAAAUGGAUUUUAUUCUCACCAUCUCUUGCGUUUUUUGUCAGCUGGGACAGGGCCAAUACAAUUCAUUUAAGAACAUGGCUAUUGAAGUAUUGUCCACACGUCAUAAAUCAUCAACCAUUACGUCAAGAGUUCAUCUCUUACAGUUGCUCUUAGAGCAAAAUUGUAUCUCGCCGACCUCGUUUCCACACCUCUUUGCAUGGUUGAAGUUGAUUGGCUGUCAAAUAUACCAUAAAAAGUUAAAGGAAUAUUGUACUCGUCAUAACUUAAGUGAGCCAGAAUGGGAACACCUUAUACCACUAUUGAAAAAGAAUUUUGGAAGUCCAAUACCUUGCUCUGACAGUGAUUUAUCAUACAGUGAUGCCACUUCAAGAGGUAGUGGUGGUUCUGGACAUUCACAAACUUAUCAGAAGCAGCUUACUCCUUUCAGUGAUAGUGGAGGUGACAAUGUACCUUGCGAUGAGGCUACCAAAACAUCUCACCGUGAACCAGAACCAAUAGCAAAAAGACCUCAAAAAAAGUCACAAAAUAUUAUACCACCACCACCAGAAAAUACAGUCAAAUCUUUAAACAAUGGUCCACAAACAGACGAGAGACGUCACCUGAUAAAUAAAAAAAAAACAACCCUAUGGGAAAAAAUGAAAAGAUCAUGGAUCUGUCGGUGUUGUAUAUUUUUUCUUGUCUUAAUUGUUGCACUAGUAGGAGCAGCUGCUACUGUACUAGGAAUACAUUUCUUUGGUCAAUCGAAUUCUACUGGCACCAACAGAACACAAAAUGUCUCUUAUACUGUACCACUAGGGGAAAAUGCUACUAUGCUUAUCAAUCACUAUGAUCCCUCUAACAUUUCACAUAUUGUUUUCACAGUACCAGAAGAUACACAAACUUUGAUUACAUUUUAUGCUGCUCCUUGUUCUUCUGUUAGAGCAACUAACACCUCAUUCCCAGAUAGGAGGAAUACAAGAGUUGGUAGUGGUGAAUAUAUUUCUCUUAAUUACUACUCUCUGGGAUAUUAUUUUCCAGUUUAUACUGCUGAUAAGGGAGCAUUAUUAUUCUACUUUAUCAACUUUACACAAAUCCCAAACUUUUCUUCAUGCUUUCAUGCAUAUCUCUACAAUUAUUCUAACUUUGAUGCAUACACUGAUGCUUUAAGUAAUCAGAAUAAACCUAGCAGGUUUGUCCAAGAAAUUCUUCACUGCCCUACUUCGACAAAUGAAGUGUUUGUCUUCACUUUUGUACUUGAUUCUGACGGUUUCUACUAUAUUGCAGCUUAUCUGCCAGUAGGUAUGACCAUCGAUGCUAAAAUUUCGGCUGAAAUUCCUACCUAUAACAGAACAUAUUUAGAUACGCUACCAAGCUUGUUAAGCUGUCAGUUAGAUGGAGAUACAUGUUUGCUGGAGAUAAGGAACAAUAAUGAAAUAAAUUUUUCAGGGCAUCAUCACUUAUGCCUCUUAGCUUCGUCAUCAUCAGAUACACAUGGUGAAGUUAUUAAUGGAACUGUAACUAUUUAUUAUUAUUAAUUUUGCUCUAAUGUCAUUAUUUUUGAACUUGUAUAUGUGUAGUGUCUAUUAUUAUAGUUGUAUCUUGUUUACUUAAUGUAUAUAUUUUUUUAUGUCAUUUGCAUGUUGUGCGGAAAAUUCACACAUUUGUCACAAGUAUUGUAUAUUCUAUCCUUUUUGUUAAAUGC